AUUCCCUAAGAAUUAAGUGUUUAGGUUAGAAUCAUCAAACAUAUUUUGAAUUAUAUCAAAAGCCUUAAAAUGACCACGUUAAGGCCGUUUACUUGUAAUGAUAUGUAUAAAUUUAACAUCGUCAAUUUAGAUCCACUAACAGAAACUUAUGGACUCGCGUUUUACAUGCAAUAUCUUGCUCAUUGGCCUGAAUACUUCCAAGUAGCUGAAUCACCAAGUGGGGAAAUCAUGGGAUAUAUUAUGGGUAAAUCAGAAGGUCCAGGUGAAAAUUGGCAUGGUCAUGUUACAGCUUUAACAGUUUCACCUGGGUUUCGAAGGUUAGGAAUUGCCGGAUCACUUAUGAGUUAUUUAGAAGAGGUUUCUGAGAAGAAAAGGGCUUAUUUUGUGGACCUUUUUGUUCGUGUUAGUAAUUCGGUAGCUAUAAAUAUGUAUAAAAAUUUGGGGUAUAUUGUUUAUCGAACUGUUUUGGAAUAUUACUCUGGAGAUCCUGAUGAAGAUGCUUAUGAUAUGAGAAAAGCUUGUUCGAGAGAUGCAAAUUUAAAGUCUGUUGUUCCCUUACUUCAUCCUGUAAGAACAGAUGAAGUUGAAUGAAUUGCCUUAAUUUAAAAACAGUUUAUAACUUAAUCUUUAUUAAAUUAAAUGAUAUUUAAUUCAAA